AUGUCGCAGCACCACUUCUUCAGUAGUGUGGGCAAACCGUUUCAUCUCAACGGGCUGAAGAAUGUUGGAGAGUUGGAUUUGACGGAUCCGGAGUCUGGGGAUGAGAAAUGUGUUGUUGGGAAGAAGGGAAGUGCAAAGAGCAUAUUGGCAGAUAUCUUGGGAGAAGCACGCGGCGACAAUCAAAAAGAUACUGUGACGCCGGAAAAGGAAAAAGACAAACAACGACAUACAUGUGAGAACUCGGAGACGCCACAUAAUUUCUCGCUGAGUACACUGCCUAGUAUCAUCGACCUGCAGCGCGUUCAACAAGCACUGCGAGAUGGCUCUGCGUUCCAGCGUUCCUCGCAUUAUCAUCAUCAUCAUCAUCAUCAUCCCCCAGACGCAUACCACCCUGAACGCCCGCACCUUUCCAACCAGAUCUUCCGCCCGAAAAGCGGCAAGGACCUCGGCGCACUCUUCUCCUCAAGAAAACAGCACCACGCGGAUCCCCGCGCGCAAAACUACUCGUCAGUCAGCUUCUGCGACCACGUGGAAUUCUACAUCGACUGGGACCCGCAGGACCCAGAGAACCGGCACGGCUCGUUUCGGCCGUGCUUCCAGCGCUUCGAGGAUCGGUUGCCGUGGACGGAGCAUGCGAAGUGUGCGGAGCCCGAUGUGCUGGAGAAGAUGAAGAAGCUUGCGGUGCGUAUUGUGCGGAAGUUUGAGGAACGGGAGAGAGAGCGGUUGACGCUGUGGGACAGGCGCGAUGGCUUGGAACCGAGGAGGGCGCCGCCUUUGAAUAGGGUUGAGCGCGAGGUUAUGCUUAUGUAUUCGCAGUUGAGGAGGGGGAGGCCGCGGGGUGUGGGUGGGAAGGAGAAGAAGACGCUGAGGAAGACGGCGGAAAAGAAGAUUGUGAAGACGGGUGAGAGAAAGCGCUUGCAUAAGACUAUGAAGCGGGUUUCGUCGCUGGGCGGCUACGAACUCCCUAUAAAGGACGAGCAUGAUGACCGACUGACUCGGAGUAGUAAGAACCAUGGUCAGGAUGGUGCGUCGCUGAAAGUGGUAUCAGGAGAGAAGCAAAAGAGGUCAACUCGAGAGUUGAAGGAGACUUCUCCUCAGCCUAAGACUCCCAAUGACGAUAACGAGGACGAGUAUGAUGCCCAACUGACUCGGGACAGUAAGAGGCAUGGCCAAAAUGGUGCGGCGCUGAAAGUGAUAUCCAGUGAGAAGCAAAAGAAGCCUUCUGAAAAGUCAAACGAGACCUCUCCACAGCCUCAAGAUCCCAAAAACGAUAACAAGAACUCGUCGGGCGAGACUAACAGCGGAAAAGCGAGUAAACAGAAUACCCGGACUGAACCGGAAACUGCCGCUACUGACGCAUCAAAAACCAUCGAUGGGCAGAAAGAUCCUGCCAACCAAGUCCCAGCAACCAAGCACCAUCCACCCACCUCUCACACCGCAAUCAUCGCCGAAACCAAGCCAGUUACAAAGAAGCGCAAGACGCCACCUCCCACACCACCGCUUCCUGCAUCCUCCCCUCUGCCAAAACCCAAAAAGCGCAAAGUCUCUCCCGCAAAGACCCCAGACCCCUCUCCUCGGAAGAGAACCAGGAGACCAUUCAAAUCCGCCGCUGUAAUCGAAGACAGCGACGAGGAAACGAAUUACCAGCUUCCCGAGAUAGCGCACCAGGUACGCGGUUCUGGGGCGCGCCAGGGAUGGAAUGUGGAGGCAAAGGAGUUGAUAGAGGAGGUAAGGAAGGAGAUGGGAGGGAAGUAG